AUGAGCUAUCUCGUGCAUGAAUUCCUCAUAGAACCUGUCCUCCGACAAGCCAGACAACUCUCUCGGUCAAGCACUCCGCGCGAUUCUAUUCCGAACCUUACGGCUGCCUCUCUUAGCAGUCAUGAAGUUGCUAUUGACGAUACAACAGCUGAGCAUUACAGGGGAUCAAGACUUUCGGAUACCAGCAGUCUUGAGGCUGAGGAAUCGAACAACGAUGCCCCAUCUAAUGCACCGCUAAUAUUUUCCUCGAAUUUAGCCAGCAGUCAAAUUGAGAUUGAUUCAGAUGCUGAGAAUCUUGAACUGUCUGAUCCAUCAUGGCCCUCUGGAAAUGUGGAUUCUUUACAAAAUAUGCUACGAUUAUCUGCUUCUGAACUGCCUGAUCGUAUACCCAUUUCUAAUCAAACUCGAACUCCAUCACUAUCAAUGACCAACACCGCAGCCGAAUCCAGUUUUAAUGAUAAUAUUCAUGAUUCCAGAGCAGCAUGGAAUAAUUCUAGCGACAUAGCAUCCCAUCGCCUAACGAUUGAUGAAACACCGUCAAUUGUAUCUACACUACAUCCUCGUACCAAUUCCUUGCCCGAAGACGAUGGUAUGAAAGCCCUCCGUCAGAAAAUACUACUAGUCCAAGCAAUGAAUAUCUCACCCGAACAGAAAGCUCGUCGAAUGCACCAUCUACUGAAUCGCGAUUACAUGAAAGCUAAGGCUAAGCCACAAACGGAAUCAACUCCACCAAAUACCAUAUGUCAAGAGAGGCCUACAACACCAGGAUCUCUUAGCUUUUUCCUUUGGCAGAUGAAUGGCUCUCCGGAGUCGACAGCAGAAAAAAAUAGCCACAUAUAUCAGCUCUCGCCUGAAGAUUUAACACAAACAUAUGUACCUUUGGAGCCUGUAGAAUAUGACGACUGUGGGGAAAGUAGCAAUAAAGAUGAAGCCCAAGUAUUAGGAUGUCGGCACUAUCAGAGAAACGUAAAGCUACAAUGCUCGGCCUGUCAAAAAUGGUAUACUUGUCGCCUAUGCCAUGAUGAGGUCGAAGAUCAUAUUCUUAAUAGGAAAGCUACAAAAAAUAUGCUAUGUAUGAUAUGUGGCUGUGCCCAGAGAGCCGGUGAGUUCUGUGCCGAAUGUGGAGGGAGAACAGCAUGGUACUACUGCGACGUUUGCAAGUUAUGGGAUAACGACACACGAAAAAGUAUUUAUCAUUGCCAUGACUGUGGAAUAUGUCGGAAAGGACUCGGAAUCGGCAAGGACUUUUUUCAUUGCAAACAGACCUGUGGAACAUGCAUGUCAACUUCGGUUGAACAUUCUCAUAAAUGCAUUGAGCGUGUGUCUGAUUGUGACUGCCCAAUCUGUGGAGAGUAUAUGUUUACUUCGCCCUCACCGGUAGUAUUUAUGCUUUGUGGUCAUAGUAUUCACAAAGCCUGCUACGAUGAGUAUUUAAAGUCCUCUUACAAAUGUCCGAUAUGUAGUAAGAGUACUGUUAAUAUGGAAACGCAAUUUCGGAACCUUGAUCGCGCUGUCGAAAGCCAACCAAUGCCGCCACAAUUUCGAGAUACCAAAGCCUUAGUGUCUUGUAACGAUUGCUAUGCAAAAAGUGUAGUUAUCUAUCACUGGCUUGGCUUAAAAUGCGCUAUCUGUGAUUCGUAUAAUACUGCCCAACUUUCAAUACUAAGUGGGCCAUCGGCAGCAACUGAAAAUAUCGAGAGUAAUAACGACGUUCCACAAGACUUUGGGGCGAGGGAAGUCUCUUCAUCAUUCCAUAUACCUGCUCUUAUUCGGCCGCGACGACAUUCUACAUUUAUACAAGUCGCAGAAACGAAUGAUCGACGUCUGCACAGAUUUUCGCCCUUGCCACGACUACAACGGGUAGCUAGAUCGGUUUCCCCUAUCGCAGGUCUGAGGUUUUAUGAGGAAGAAAGCUCCCCGAAUACUGCUCAAACUAUUGAUUCUACAAUUGAAGAUGAGUUGGACUUUUGGGGACUCGAUGAACUUUCAGCUUUGAUUUCAGGCGAAAAUAAUCAAGAUGGGAUCGAUGAGGAAGAUUCUGGAGAAGAUUCGGCUCUGGAGGAUUAUGAUGAUGAUGGUGAAGAGGAAGAUGAUGACGAUUUUUUACUAUUCGGGCAUCGGUAA